UGUCGAGUCUUCCCUCUGAGAUUAUCCACGCUAUAGUCUCCGUCACGGCGACGUCGACAAUCAGCCACUGUCGCAUGCCGACAGACUUGCACUGUCGCGAUGCAUCUUAACGUGCAAGUACUGGGCUGCGCUUCUCAGGUCUGUAUAUCUCCGGCAUCUUACCCUGCGCUCGAGCGAGGACAUUGAUAUGCUCCUUGCACUCGCGCAAUCAUCCUCACUACCAAAUCCCCCCCUGUCCGACUGCCUACACUCAUUGGACUUGGCGUUCUAUCUACCGGCUACCGCGAGAGCAUGGCUGCAUCAUGGCUGCAAGCUCCAACGGCUCAGAAAUGUUGUUUUCAUACGUCUAGUUUUUCGCUCCAGACAUCUUCACCUCAUCGCGCGAAACCGAUCUCAUGCACACUAUCUCCUUUGCUCUUCCUAGACUCGUACCUGGAAGCGACCAUCGCCUCACGGUAUUAUCGUUCAGUAACGUACAUUUAUCCAGCACCACCGAAAUAAGUCGCCUUGUCGAUAGGUUGCCGACAGUACGAUGCUGCAUCUGCCAAGAUGUAAUCUUCGAGCAUACAUCCUUCACAUCCAGGCCUCGUCCUAGGAUCCUCAAACGACACUUCGAGGUUAUAUCAUCGCGGUGCACGAUUGUUCAGUCACCCGCCAAUAAGACUCCUAUUGCUUGCGACAUACAGACGCCCAGUGCGCUCCUCGUCACUUUACAAUGUCCGGCAAACGACUCGGACGUUUGGGUCCGCGCUGUGUCGCUUCUAUCGCGUUUGUUUCCAGAGACUCAAUAUGAUUACGACGUUGGACUAAGAUAUGUUCCAGCAGAAGGCACGUUCAUCGUAA